AUGGACAAGGGCAAAGCAAAGGAAGUUAUUACCAUGGAGGUUAAAAACCCUUUACCUAUUCCACAGCAACUUCUUCUGACUUCUAUCAAUUCUCUGCCUUCUGAAUCCCACUCUGCUAUGAUACCACCCUGCAAUGAGAACACACCAGUCUCUGUGCCAGAGGUCCAAUUGAACACCAAUGCAGUUUCACUAGCUGUGACAGUGGAACUAGUUGGAACAACUCACACUGAACAAAUGAAGACCAUGAUCGUGGUCAGUGACUUGAAGCCUAAUAGCAUCAAGAAGCACCAGCCAAGCACCAAGCCAAUGUGGGUGAGCCCAAAGAUCACUGUGCGAAACCUGUGUGCUCUCAACUGGCAAUCAAACGGCCAUCAAAAGGAACCAGCAACCAUUUUUGCAUCUUACUGGAAUGGGCUAUGUAAAGCUGACAAAGAGAUAUACAAGUGCAAGGCAGCUGUUCAGCUCAAAUCAGCUGCCAGUGGAGUCAGUACUACUGGCAAUGAUGUGGGUGCAGACAAGGAGUAG